AGAUACAAGCACACUUUUCCAUGCACGUAGACGAUUGAGCCGCAGAUAUAUACAACAUACAUGAAGUACAUGAAGCGCGGCAGCUCUAUAGAAAAGUGCAAAUCGUAGAGGUGAUGAAGAACACAUUUCUUUUUGUUCUCUGAUAUGUUUUUUUGGUGUUGUUGGUAGUGGUAUUAUUAUUACUCUUGUUUUCUUGCUGCGUCGUUGAUCGUUGGCGUUUGUUUGUCUGAUUCUUUGUGUCGUGCCGAACGUCGUGUUCUGCACGCGCACGAAGCGGCGAGAAAGCACUCAUACGCGAACUUGGAAGACACACUAGAGGUACUAUUACUACAAUAAUAAUAAUGAUAAAACGAGAACCGUGAAAAGGAAAGAAAUAUAUAUAUAUAUAUAUACAGCGCACACACGAGCUUUGCGUCCGCUCAGCGACACUUUUCUUUUUCUUUUCUGUUUUCCUCUUCAUUCACGUCAAAAGCUGGGAGGGGGGCAGGUCAGCAAGACACACGCACAGAUGUGCGACUUGACGUGCGCACGUGUGUGUAUCUGUGUCUGCGCGUCACCUGUGCACCCACAAUCGUUUGCGAGAAACACAAGGCACAGUAAAGCACCGAGAAGAAUACACGCGAUCAAACAGUCCCCCUCCCCCUCACACACUUUCAGCAACACCGCCGCUGCGCUGUCUCGACUGCAGUGAAGAAAGCAGCUCCUUCACCUUGUGUUUGUUGUUGGUCAUUUCGAUUCGCUCUCUGAGAGCAUCACAAGCUAUAUUGAUAUCACCAUCAUCAUCAUUAUUAUCAUCAUCAUCACCAUCACCAUCUCUCUAUUACUCUCUUUCAGUUCAUACGUUAAAGAAUCAUCUGUAUACUUACUUAUUUUUUUAGGUCUACGACAACCGAUGCCACACUCCAUUUCCUUUGGGAAGAAGGUCACAGAAUUCUCUUCACACACACACAUCCAAGUGCACUCUCUUCCACCACUCGGGAAGUGAACGCGCCAUUUCUGGCGGUAGCCACUAUUUCUCCUUAGCAAUGAUAAUAGAAUGCUCCCCAUUUUCGAUAGAACAUCGUGAUGAGCGCAGUACCCCUCAUUAGACCCAUCAUCACACACCCUAGAGAAGAAAGGCAAUCAACUCACCACAGCCUGCGCACCGCCUACAACAGAUGCGUCCUUCUCCGGUGCUGCCUCUGCCAUGCGCCUUCCGUUUCUGCGUUGUUGUCGCUGUCGUCGGUUUUUUGCUUCUUUUUUAUUUCUCUUCGCUACCCCCUUAUUCUUGCUUUAACUUGCGCUGCCUUGCGUUGGUAUUGUUCUUCGAGGCAGCAAGAGUUUCCCUUCCGCCUUCGAAGCGCUCCGCGUGCCCCCACAACUGAAUACCAUUCGUGGUGGUGGUGGUGGUGUGUGUGUGUGUGUGUGUGUAUGAGCACGAAGGUGUAGCUAAAGCCGGUGUAAAUACACCUGAAAAGAGAAAAAAAAAGAUAUACCCUUGAGGUGGUCUUCUAAGCUAGUACUGCCAUUGUAGAGAGCGUAGAACACUCCUGCUGUGCGCUGCACUCUGCGUGUCAAGCCUCCUGUUUUGCGUACUGACGCUGGUGACGCGUGUUGUGCGUUCCUCUCGUUGCAUAGGCUUCCCUCCCCUCUCUCCCUCUCUCCUCCACUUUCCCUUUCUCUUACCUGAGCUCAACACCCUUACCAAAAACAAAACACACAUUGUGACAAGGAAAAAUCAUCGCAGAAAAGCUUAGUAAAAAAAGGUAUAAGAAAACAAUAGGUCACUUUGUUUAUCUCUAGCAGGACUCGCUGAGGUUUGUCGCGGCAGUCUCACAGAUUUCAGUCUCUCUCUCUCUCGCUACUCGUGUGUGUGUUUGUGUGUGUAUAAUAAUCAUUCAACCACACACGUUCGUGUCGCUCUCUCCCUUCCUUCCUUCCUUCUUACACGCACAUAUAUUUAGCCUAAUAGCGGACAGUACACACACUUCUUGGCUUUUUUAUUAUUUCACGGAUUUGUCUUCAGUAAUACUAUAUUUAUCCCCCCUCCUUCUUCGUCUUUGAUCGCCGCCGCAUACAUAAAUAUUUACAUUCGUCUUAUCAUCAUGCUCCGUCGUGUCGUAGCCUCCGCCAGGGCCGCGUCGGGCACGCAGACUCGCGGCAUCUAUCAAUACAAGUUCGGUCAGACCCCGCUGACGAAGCCGUUCUCUGUCGGCGCCCGCUCCCGCCUGCCGCCCGCCCCGCCCUCCCCUGCACCAGCCACGGCGGCCGCUAAGGUCGAGGUGACGAAGCUGCACAACGGCGUGCGGGUGAUCUCGCACAACCUCGGCGGCCCGACGGUGUCCGUCGGCGCGUACAUCCUCGCCGGGCCGGCCUACGACCCACCCAGCGCGCCCGGCACCGGGGCGAUGAUGCACCUCGCCCUCACCACGAGCAACUACAACAACGCCCUCUUCCAGCUCGACCGCAACAUUCGCAGCGUCGGCGCGGCGCAGUCACACUUCGAGAAGAGCAAGCACUACAUCGGCAUCCGCAUCGACGCCCGCGCCGAUAAGUGGAAGAGCGCCGCCACCUCAGCCCCCCGCUCGAGCCGCCGCGUCGUCAGCAGCAAACCCGCGGAGGAGCAGUUCUCGCUGAACCUGGUUCAGGACAACAUCUUCACCUGCAUCGCCGCCCCGCGCUUCCACGAGCCAGACGUGGAGCGCUUCCGGGAUACCAUCGACAACCAGGUCGAGGAGCUGCGCUGGCAGUACCCGGCCGAGUACGCGAAGCAGAUGCUCGAGACCGUCGCCUUCUACCGCGAGCCCCUCGGCAACCCCCGCUUUGUGCCGGCGCUCAGCAACGGCACCAUCACGAGCAACGUCCUGCUCGACCAGUACAGCCGCUACGUCGUGCCCUCGCGCGUGGUGGUGGCCGGCGUGAACGUCGACCACGCCGCCCUCGUAGCGGAGUACGAGAACACGCCCUUUCCGCACUCCGCCUCCGCCCCGCACCACGCCCGCGCGCAGGCGCCGAAGAUCAACGUGCAGAACGAGGCGGCGCAGUACACGGGUGGGGAGCGCCAGGACCACGAGGACCGCGCGAAGGUGAUGGGCACGAAGCCCGACAUGGACACCGAGACGAUCUGCGCGGUGGGCUGGCUCGCCUACGGCAAGGACCGCAAGACGCUGCGCGACUACGCCGCGUCGAUGGUGGUGAAGGCAAUUUUAGACGUCCAGUUCGGCGACUCGAUGCGCUACGCGCGGGAUGAGAUGCACGAGCACACCGGGCUGCGUGCCUUCUACAGCCCGUUUGAGACGGCUGGGCUCAUCGGCUUUACCGCGAAGGCGGAGCCGAAGUCGGCGGUCCGCAUGGUGACCGACGCCGUGAAGGGUGUGCAGGCGCACAAAGCCUCGGUUGCCGAUUCGAUGCUAGCGAUGGCGAAGAGCAUGGCCAGGACGCAGAUCCUCGUGCAGAACACGGACACGAUCCGCGACUACUGCGACUACCUCGGCACGAGUCUCUCCGUAGAGGACUGCGGCUCCACUGUCCCCACCUCGAUUGAUGAGCUGGUUGACGCCGUGAGCGCCGUGACCGCGGCGGAUGUGAAGAAGGUAUUCGACAUGAUGUUCUCGCACAAGGCUAGUCUGUACGGCCACGGCGAGAUGCUCGGCUUCCCAUCCAUGCGUCAGAUGGGCAUCUAA